CCUGCUCCAUCAGACCACCAGCCUGUACAAAGCCAGAGGAUACUGUAGUGACAUACAAAAGGACGGGAGAAAUAAGACAGGAGGCAUGAGGGAGAAAUCCGGAGAACCAGAAGGAAAGAAAGACAUAAAAAGAGGAAGUUUGGCCAGUGAGAAUUGACUUUGGGAAAGUUUUGGUACUCUGCAGAGAGAGUAGCCGUGCUACUCUGGUUGGAAACUCAAGGAUCAGAAGGAAGUGAGAAAAGUCAAGGACGAUAAGCGUGAAAAGGACAAAGGAAUUUGUUUCCCCUGACUGGAUUGCAAAGUUUUCUUGGAUUUCUCCCACCCCUCCUCCUGGGCUGAGCGCAUAGGGGGAGGAAGAACCGUGUUGACUGCAGGGAUGAAGUAUAGCUACCAGCUACCAGUGUCAUCGUACACCACGCGAUAUAGUCAGUACACACCAAUGACAUACACACCAACACACUACACCCCCACCAAUUACACACCUACGCAYUACACCCCCAGCAAUUACACACCUACGCACUACACCCCCACCAAUUACACACCUACGCACUACACCCCCACCAAAUACACACCCACUUCAUAUACCCAAACAAAGUACAGCUCAACUCACUACACCCCCACAAGCUACUCCACAUCACUUUACACACCUACACACAAAAGCAGUUCCAGUUACACCCCUUCGUACAGCAAAGGAACACGCUACAGUGCUGCUACAUGUCGCACAGCACACAUACCUGCACAGCAGACUCCUGCACAGCAGACUCCUGCACCUCUACCACUCAAGCCAGUCCGGGCUGUACACUUCUCCAAUGACAUUAUCUUCCAGGACCUUGUCCGACAUGGUGAGAUGGAGCAGAUUGGACGCUUUAUGAGAGCGAAGAAAGUACGUCUGCAUACCCUCUUCCCAUCUGGUAUGGCAGCACUCCAUGAGGCCGUACUCACAGGGAACCUGGAUUGCGUGAAGCUGCUGGUGAAAUAUGGAGCUGAUGUCCACCAGAGAGAUGAGGACGGCUGGACGCCGCUGCACAUGGCCUGCAGUGAUGGCUUCCCCGAAAUCGCCGGCUACCUGCUCUCUCUUGGUGCCAGUGCAUUUGCAGAGAACGAGAACGGGGAGAAGCCAGCGGACCUCAUUGACCCAGACUGUAAGGAGCUGGUCAAUCUAUUUGAGGCAGGCUGUGUGUAACUCACUGGCCACCUAUAGAACAGGACCUGAAGGAGCUUGAUGUGGACAGAUGGAUAGUGUACCCUGGUCCUGAGACUAGCUUCUUGGAAUGGAAAAGCCCAGCCAGAGAGAAGGAGAAAGACUGGGACAAGGGACCAGGCCACUUUUCCUGCUACAGAGCACCUGUAGCCUAUUCUUUGCUAAAUGCAUAAUUGUGACUCACAAUGCUUUUUGGAGAGGUUUUGUAUAUCAAGUUGGACAAUGCUUUGUAAAGGUUAUUAUUUUUUGUAACUUUUUCAUUCUUUGCUUAAAAGAAGUUGGCUAAUUUUUGUUUGGUGCUUUUCCACAAAAACAUGCAAACCAGUCUUGUCACUAGUUGUCACAAACAGCAUAUCAGGCUGUUCAUAGCACCAGCAUCUUUCAGUUUCCCAGAUCAUGUAGCACCACAUACCAAAAAAUACAGUGUGACACAACACAGUAAACAGGUGUUAUUUAAUCUGUGUAAUGAAUCAAUAGGGUAUGUCUUCAUUCUGAUUACCCAAUGAGAUCAUCCAGCCCAAUUCUGUGAUCAAUCUUGUAAAAAUCUGACUGUCCAUUGCUUGAAUUUUCCACAAAACUACGCAGCAUUGAGGAGAGUUCCUGCAUAUGGGCAGAGACUAUUUUCAACUCACUGCUUCCAAAAUACAGACAGAGUACAGACUGUAUUUGGCAUUGUUCUCUGCAUUUAGCCUGUAUGUUUAUGGCUUGGGAAAAGUUGUGUGUAUCCUCUCUGCUGUGCAGAGAGAGGGCGUCAAUAACAAUUCACAUCAAAAAUUACAUUUCAUUUGGUAGGCCAGAGAUCAUUGGAAAAUAGCUACUAUGCCAUACAUGCACUGGUGCUGCUGUAUUGGCAUUUUUACUAUUAUCCUUGGCAGUUGUUAUUUUCUGAAAUAGUUAACAGUGUUGAUGAAAGUGUAAGUGGUAUUCUGCCCAUUUCAACUAAUCUAAUGAAUUUCACCAAUGAAAGUCUUAUUUUUUUACAAAAUAUUUUCAUAAAUAAAGGUGCUUUUUAUAAAUAUU